AUGCGCAUUGGCGUGCUCGCAUCAUUAUCACCUCUUCUCUCCCUCGCCUCAGGUCUUGCUGUGUCUGGCAGGUCGCAGGCUAACCACAGCUCAGCCGUGUACCCAGUUUCUGUGUCGAAUGACAACUCGUCUCGCUCGUUCGGUUUCACCAACGCGUUCGACGUCCACUACACCGUCACACUCUACGUGAACGGGGCUCCUUACCAGGUAUUCGUGGACUUGGGAAGCUCCGACACAUGGUUCAGUCCUUCCGCUCAGGGUGGGCUCAUGCCACCCGACGUUAUCGACACGGGGAUAAACGCCACGUUCGAUUACCUCGCCCCGGGACAAGUUGUCCUGGCAAAUGUUACCCUCGGUCCGUACACUAUCAACAACCAGGCAAUUGCUGUGGUCACCAAUUCGACCCAGACUCUUCCUGGCGCAUUUGUUGGAGUCAUCGGUAUUGGCGGAGCAGGGAUCUCUCGGAUCUCGCAGGCUCUCGCCAAUUCGUCGUACGCAGACAACGGCACUCCCGUGAUGUACAACUUGUUCAAGCACCAGCCCGAGCUGCCCAACUACAUGACCUUUCUUAUGAAUCAGACAGCCUACACUACCCUUGGCGACGGCGGUGUCGUGACGAUCGGAAACGUCCUUGCGGACAAGACUGAUAUCCUGAACGCCCCGGUCAUCCAGAGCCCAACGCUCUGGGGUCAAUGGGCGUCCUUUAUGACGGGCGUAUCUGCCAACGGGCGCAUGCUGACAGGACACUCGGGCAUGAACGCUACAAACUACAAGAACUACACUGUCGCCGUGCCCGAAGGCAGCACUGUCGCGCUCUUCGACACUGGAACCGGUCUCAUUGUCGGCCCCGAGUACUACGCUGAGCAGAUAUACGGAAACAUCCCGGGUGCUGAGAAGAGCGAGUUAUUCGGCGACGUCGCCUGGAAGGUACCUUGCGACACGAAGCUGAACAUUAGCUUUGUUUUCGGGGACGCAUCCUACCCGCUGCGCCCCGCCGACGCGACGUUCGGCCAGAUCGACUUGAACGGGACUUACACCUGCUAUGGGACAGUCCUAGGCGCGCCCAUUGCGGACGCUACCGGGGCCGACUGGCUUCUGGGAGCCUACUUCAUGGGGAGCGUGUACCAGCUCUUCGACUACGGCGACCCGGACCCCGCGGACGGUCUCUACCGCACUUCGACCCAGCUCCUCACUUCCUUCGACCCCGACGAAGCGUGGGCGGAGGCCGAUGCCCUCCUCGCCGCGCGCAAGCAGGCAUGGCUCGACGCCUACUCGUCCGUCAUCACGAUGACCGCGACCUCCACCGUCGGCACGCUGCCCGCGACCUGGACGGGCGCGCAGUUCACGCCCGCGGUCACGACGGUCACGGACUCGAUGAUCUCGUCCGCGCAGUCGGCGACGCCCAUCACGAUCGUGCCCCCGACCUCGGUCACGUCCACGGGCACGGCGACCGCGACAUCCACCGCGGCGGCAGCCUCGUCUUCGUCGCUCGCGAGCGGCAUGUCGUUCUUCCGGGGCCUUCGGGCGGCGGUGUGGUCUCACCUGCAGUCCUCGUGA